AUGCGAUCCCGUCGCUUGCUCCUAGAAAGAAAGUAUGUCACUGUACGUUCACUGAACCUCAACCUCUUGGUUUUAUAUGUGUCCUCUGUCUGCGUGAUCCAGACGGAUUGCAUCUCUGAUUAUCUGUUUGCUCUCGUGUUCCCUGUCGUCUCCGGCAUGAAAAGCAGCAUUACCAUUUUCCUCUGCCCCAAUCAGAAACAUCCGUUACAGUAUCCUUUUGCUGCCCCAGCUAUCUCCAUCUCCAUCUCCUCGGCUGCUUUCUCCUACUCCGAGCUCCCUUCAUUCCCUAUCCAAGCUUUAAAGAUGCAGCAAAUGCUCUAUUCUUUUGAAAAUGACAGCUUUCUGGAUUCGGGGUGGUGCGCUGUUCUGACCUUCUUCCCUUUGAAGUCUAUCACAGAAAGCUUUGCCAGCAUGAUUCACGGCUUGAGAGUGGACCACCUGACAGAUGGUGUCAUUCAGAGGAGCAAAAGAAUGAUCCUGGAUUCCCUGGGUGUUGGUUUCCUGGGAACAGGCACAGAAGUGUUUCACAAAGUCACCCAAUAUAGCAAAAUCUACAGUUCCAAUACCUCCAGCACUGUUUGGGGUCGACCAGACUUCAGGCUCCCACCCACAUAUGCUGCUUUUGUUAACGGCGUCGCUGUUCACUCCAUGGACUUUGAUGACACAUGGCACCCUGCAACCCACCCUUCUGGAGCUGUCCUACCAGUCCUCACAGCUUUGUCAGAAGCCCUGCCCCAGACUCCCAGGUUUUCUGGCCUUGACCUGCUGCUCGCAUUCAAUGUUGGCAUUGAAGUACAAGGACGAUUAAUGCACUUCUCCAAGGAAGCCAAGGACAUACCAAAGAGGUUUCAUCCUCCCUCUGUGGUGGGGACUUUGGGAAGUGCUGCUGCUGCAUCCAAAUUUUUAGGGCUCAGCCUGACAAAGUGCCGAGAGGCCCUGGCUAUUGCUGUUUCUCAUGCUGGGGCACCCAUGGCAAAUGCUGCCACUCAGACCAAGCCCCUUCACAUCGGCAAUGCCGCCAAGCAUGGCAUGGAAGCCACAUUCCUGGCCAUGUUGGGUCUCCAAGGAAACAAGCGGAUCUUGGACGUGGAGUCGGGGUUUGGGGCCUUCUAUGCUAACUACUCCCCAGACGAUCUUCCGAGCCUGGAUUCUCACAUCUGGCUGCUGGAUCAGCAGGACGUGGCCUUCAAGAGCUUCCCAGCACAUCUGGCUACCCACUGGGUGGCAGAUACAGCUGCAGCUGUGAGGAAGCACCUUGUGGUUUCAGAAAGAGCCGGACUUCCUACUGACAACAUCGAGAGGGUUGUGCUCAGGAUCCCCGAGGUCCAAUACGUAAACAGGCCCUUCCCAGGCUCAGAGCAUGAGGCGCGUCACUCCUUCCAGUACGUUGCCUGUGCCAUGCUGCUCGAUGGUCGUGUCACUGUCCCGUCCUUCCACAGCCAGCAAAUCAAUAGGCCACAGGUAACAGAGUUGCUCAAGAAAGUGGAGCUGGAACACCCUUCUGACAACCUGCCGAGUUUUGACACACUGUACUGUGAGAUCAGCAUCACUCUUAAGGAUGGGACCACCUUCACUGAGCGCUCUGAUACCUUCUAUGGUCACUGGCGGAAACCACUGAGCCAGGAGGACCUGCAGAAGAAGUUUCGAGCCAAUGCCUCAAAGGUACUGUGCAGGGACACAGUGGAGAGGCUUGUAAAGGUGGUAGAAAACCUAGAAGACCUAGAAGACUGCUCCACAUUAACCACACUUCUGAAAGGACCCUCUGCCCAAGAGGAGGCCUCAAAACCAUCCCUCAUGUUCUCUUCCCAUCACACAACCUCGCCCAGGCUUGCCGGUACCUAAACAACGUUGCACUAGAGGAGAUUCAAUUGUUUGCUCCAUCUGCCGAGCAAUGAAGAUAGCAAAUCAGAGAGUCCAUAAACAGAGAUACGUGUAUUUGGAAGGAGUCUUCCUUGACCUAUAAGCCAUUCCCACUGCCUUCAAGAUAAUAUUCAAGAAACAAACAGCACAAGAUCUUAUGUGUGCUCACAAGGAUAAAAAUCUAAGUCUCCUAUGAGCUGCUUAUAGUCUUUUCUGAGUAAUUAUUUAUUAAACUCUAGGAACUUGAAAGAUGUGGAAGAAGUUGAAUCUUCAGGCUGAUGGCUGCAGGUGGAGCAAACCCUGGUCUGGACCACUGCUUACCCAAGAGAGGAUGGGAUUGCCCAAUCCUCCUCUCCACAGUGGCUGAUUUGACAAAUCAGCAGGUUUAAUGUUGCCUCUUUUUCUUUCCACACAUAGUCCUGAGUAUGCAGCCAGAGUUCUUCUACUUUAGCUCCUCUACUGAAGAGACAGAAAGGCAGUCUGGGGUGGAGCAGGGAGGCAAUCUGGCUUCCCAGUUUCACUCUUUACAAUAAUCAGCUAGCUCAAAAUUUUAUUUCGAGAAAAAUUGACAGAU